AUUUAAUUAUGCAUUCUGCAGUUUCGUAAAAAAUUACUUGUUUUAGUUCUAUUUCCGGUCCGGUUCCUCAUUCGAAGGCAACUGUUUUCUAAAUGAACAAAAUUGUAGAAAAAUUGUAACUUUUAUAUCUCCAUUUGGAUCAAAAUUGUUUCAUUCUAAGAUCGCAAAAUGACGUCCUAUCCUGCUCGUAUCCUUCUAAAAUUCACUUCACAACGUUUCCAGCGACGGUUCUCGUCUUCUAAUAGCGAAGGAGCUGGCGGCCAGAAGCAAGGACAUCAUCAAAUAGGCACCUUUGAGUGGGACACUACUCACAUAAAUUCAGAUGGAUUCUCGAAUGCCUCGAACUCUAGAUAUAUGGAGUUCCUGUAUGGCAAGUGGAUUCAAGAUGAAAAAUCCAUACAUGAGUCCUGGCAGAAAUUCUUUGGCAAACUGGUGAUUAAUCAUGAGAAAGAGCCUGAAAUGAAUAUUUUGAGUGCCGAGAAGAUGUCCCGGAAGAUCUUCCUUCCCAACACAUUGGACAGUAAGCGGGAUUUUGGGUAUAAAAAGAAUAACUCGAAUAACUCGAAAAAUAGUAUAGAGGAUGGGAAGGGUUCCUUUGGCUUCUCCCCCAUUCCAGGACACAAAAAAGUCAGCAAGUCGGACGCAGAUAAGGAAGGAGUCAAUCGGCCUGAUAAAUCAGGGGAAAAGCCAAGGGGAUCCCCAAAACCUGCGCCGGGACAGUCUCCCCUAUCAAAGUAUGAAGAAACUGAGGACCAUUAUUUCCCCAUGCCCAUCGUCUUGGAUCCAAGCAGUCAUAUUGAUGUGUCCGAAACCAGCUUUAUCCAAGAUACCCCGAAUAUCCCGGAAUUAAGGCCAGGAAGGUCUGUGCAAGAACCAGAGUCUUAUGAAAAUUGUAAACCCACUUCAAGCUUUGAAUCAAAAUUUCAAAAUAUACAAAAGAGUAUUUCGAGAAAAUUAUCGCAAGGCACGACUUCAAAAGAACCACCAAAGCCACCAAAGGAUGACUCAAAAUCCCUAAAGGAUAUUUCCAAAACGACCAAGCCUCCAAACGAUGUAACUCAAAAAUCAAAACAAACUUCAAUUUCUUUAAAAAAGGACCCUCCGAUAAAAGACAAGCCCAGUACGCCUCAGCAGAGUGCACCACCUUCGAAGGAAGUCCUGGAUGUUGCUCCCCAAAAAUCUGUGACACAACAAGGAGUCCUUGAAACUAACAAAACUACAGCCAGUAUGCCGGAAGAUAAGGACCAGAAUAAGGUUUCAAAUCCCCCUCUUAAUCCAUCCAAUAAAAUAGACAAGAAAAAUGAUGAUAAAAAUGGGAAAUCACCGAAAAAGGAAGAUGCAACUCCCCAUCCUAAACAGGACACUGCAACUCCUAUUGCAAAAGUUAAAUUUGAAGAUGUGGUGGAGAUAAAUCCGGCUAUUUCUGAUAGGUUCCAAAGACAGCCGCUAAAAAUUCCCAAAAAAUCUAUAGAAACAAACAAGCCAUCAGUCAAUAGGAACAAAAAACAAAGACCUCCUCCCAGAAAGGGAAAUAUACAUCCAGUUACUCAUCCUAGUCCUCAUCCUAGUCCGAUUGCUAUUCCUCCUCUUAAGCCCGAAAGUUCGAGUUUGAAAAAUCCAAAAGAAAUCGUAAAGAAAGGCAAGAAACAUGGAAGUGCAUUAGAAAACUGGAAAAGGACGUACAAAAAAAAACUUCUUGAAAGUUUGCUACGCCGGCUUGAAAAUAAACCCAGAAAAGUAUCAAAAGAUGAACCCACAAAUAGACGUUCUUUCAAAAGUAUUAAAAAAUACACGGAGCCCAAAGUCUUUGAGGGAAUUGAACAGCUAAUUAAAGAUUUGGAUACCAUGCCCUGGGGUUCCACAACGAAGCAGAAAAGACUCGAUACCAUGAAGAGACUUAAAAGUUAUAACAAUUCUUUGAAGAGUGCGAACGAAACCUUGAGGCGAUUAGCCAACGAAAGAAAUAUAGCUUUUAUGAAAUCUGUCCUAGCCCAUAGACAGAAUCUGCUCGAUGCCAAGUCCAAGAGGAUUAAAAAGGAUAGUUCUAACGAUUCGGAAGGUCCUAGCUUGAAUGCCACUUUAAGGGACACGCCUAGUGUUCAUAAAGUGCCUGAAAUGGUACUCCAGGAUAGUCCUCCUCAACUCGGACUCACUGAAAGGGAGAAAAUCAUAUUAUUUGAUCGAAAUCAAGAGGUAUCCACAGCACUUAGGUCUUCCCUCAAGAAACUAGAAGAUAGUAAGAGUAAGGUUUUGAUAGGAAAAGUAAAUAUAAACACCAAGAAAGAAACUCCAACUCCAAGUUGGCAAAUCAAAGAAAAAAAGGACGAUGCCAAGCCGGAAAAUAAGCCAAAAUCGAAAUAAUUUUGAAUCUCAGCAUGUCUUGAAAUAAAUGAAAAUUCUAUUUCUCAA